UUUAGCCUUCUCCAGUCGCCCACAAACACCCUCAGAGCUGCAUCUCAUGUACAAGACUUUUGACGGAGCCGUCUUCAUGGUGCGAUUUCAUGACUUGAUUUUUUAGGAUGAAGAAUGUAAAGAUAUUACAUUUGCCACUGGUUUUUGUGUUUGUGCAGGCCUGCUUUGCGCAAGCAGACUUUGCCCCCUAUUUCUACGACAAUGGACCCUACAGCCAAAAUGGGAACCUGGCACUGUUCAGCCUUUCAGAGGACACGGCUGUCGGUACACAGAUCUAUAGUCUCAAUGGCACAGACCCUGAAGGCCAGGAGGUGAGGUAUGGCCUUUCCUUUGAUCCAGGAUCCCGGGAAUACUUCAGGGUCGACCCCAUAUCCGGAAACAUCACAUUGGUGGAAAAGUUGGACAGAGAGAAACAAGAUUCUAUUGACAUUCUUGUCAGCAUCACAGAUGGGCAAAGCAAGGUUGUGGAAAGAGUCACAAUAUUUGUAAUGGAUGCAAAUGAUGAAAAACCUGAAUUCCAAAACAUGCCGGCAAUCAUUGAUGUACUGGAAACUACUAUGUCUGGCAGCAGCAUCUACAAAGCUAAUGCAGUGGAUAAGGACACAGGCUCAGGUGGCUCAGUAACCUACUACCUCCAGAAUCCUCAGUCCACUUUAUUUGCCAUUGACAGACAUAGUGGUGUCCUUCGUAUCAAAUCUGGGGAAAUGUUGGACUAUGAGAAAACAAAGACACUCUUUAUCACUGUCAUUGCAAAGGAUGGUGGUGGUAAUUUUAAUGGCAAGGAGCAGUUUAUGUCAUCCUCUGCUACCCUGACAAUCAAUGUGAUCGAUGCACAGGACACUCCGCCAUCUUUUAUUGGGACACCAUAUUUUGCCUAUGUUUAUGAAGUCUCAGUGCCAGGAUCUGAAAUAUUCACUGUUGUAGCAAAAGAUGGUGAUGUGGGAAACCCAAAUCCAAUCCAUUAUUCAUUUGACGAUGGCGACGAUGGUGUUUUUCACAUCAAUAAAACAAGCGGUUGUAUCACCCUGCUGAGUCAGCCCAUGUAUCUGAAGAGAGAAAUCUUUAACAUUAAAGUCAGGGCAUCAGAAGUAAGUCCAGAAGGCAGACUCAUGGACUAUGGGGUGACCACAGUGGUGAUCCGUGUGGUGGACCUGAACAAUAAUCCACCUACUUUCUACGGAGAGAACGGCCCACAAAACAUGUUUGAGUUGACCAUGUAUGAGCAUCCACCUGAGGGAGAGAUACUCCGGGGUCUAAAAAUCACUGUCAAUGACUCUGAUCAGGGUGCAAAUGCUAAAUUUAAUCUGAGACUGAUCGGACCAGGGAGGAUGCUGCGAGUCGUCCCUCAGACUGUUCUCAAUGAAGCCCAAGUCACAAUCUUAGUAGAAGACUCUGCUGCCAUGGACUAUGAGAAACACAAUUUUCUCACAUACAAGCUACUCGCAGUUGAGAUUGAUACGCCUGAGAGAUUCAGUUCCACGGCAGACAUUGUCAUUCACCUCCUGGACACCAACGACAAUGCUCCCAGAUUCUCCUCCGAUUACUACAUUGCCAGAAUUCCAGAAAACUCACCCGGUGGCUCCAAUGUGGUGUCAGUCACGGCAACAGACCCAGACUCAGGGCCUUGGGGGGAAGUGAAGUACUCUAUCUACGGAUCAGGGGCUGACUUGUUCCUGAUCCAGUCUGCAUCUGGGAUCAUCUACACCCAGCCGUGGGCGAGCCUGGAUGCGGAGGUGAGGUCCAAGUAUAACUUCUAUGUGAAGGCAGAGGAUGCAGAGGGAAAGUACAGUCUAGCUGAGGUCUUUGUGACUGUGCUGGACCUGAAUGAUCACCCACCUGCAUUCAAUGACAACUUCCUCGAGACAACUAUGGUGAUUGGAGCACCAGUGAAAAUAGAGGCUGUAGAUGAUGAUGCAGAAAUACCCAACAAUGUUAUCGAGUACGCCAUCAUGAAAGCGGAGCCAGACAACAACAUCUUUGACAUUAACGCUGACACAGGGGAGAUCAUGCUCAAGUCCUACAUCAAGUCAAUGGCCAUCAUUCAGAACAUCACCAAGCAGAGAGACUGCACCUGGUCGCUGGUGGUGCAGGCCCGGGACCGAGGCCAGCCAUCCUUCAGCACCACUGCAGUCGUCAAGAUCGACAUCACUGAAGCUACCCAACUCAGUGGGGGGCCUUUGGGAUCAUUUUUGAUGCAGAGUAGAAACAAGCCCUUGCAUAUCCUAGGCAUGCUUGCUGGUUUCAUUAGCCUCAUGGUCAUAGUCACAGUCAUCAUCUCCACUGCAACAUUCAUGCGCAACAAAAAGUCCAACCGGAUCCUGCCUAACCGGCGUGUAAGGAGGAGGCCACGGAAACAGCAGGCCUGGGUCUUCAAAAACCCCUUCAAGAAACCAGAAACCCCCGGAGAGAAAUUUAAAAUAGAAGAAGUCAGAGAAGAGGAAGAGCGGGAGAUUGAAGUCAUUGUGGAGAAUGUUAACUAUAACAACAAUGUCAGCAAUGUUGUGAGACAAUGGCCCCUGCCACCUUCUGCUCCAUCUCUGCCCCCUCCACCACCAGCCUACAUCCCAGGAGAGAGGCAGUGGGCAGUACCCACAGUCUCAGCAACAUUGGCACCCAGACCUAAAAAGAAGGUGAUAACCAGACAGGAUACUGUGAACAAAGCACUGGUUUCAGAGCUCAAGAUGCGACUAGAGCAGAAGAGUUUGAUGAAACAUUAAUCGUGACAAAACAAUCUUACCUCAAGAUCCAUUUAGUAGCUUUCGUGCAGCAGAUCCGGUCUGCCCAGUUGUCAUGGAAAAGGAGCCGUUCAAAUUUCCAUUUUUUCACAGAACUUUAACGUCUUCUCAUGUUGCCAUAUAGACAAAUGGACAUUUUGAAUUUUGGAUUUUUGGAAGAGACUUAAAACAUUGCACAUCUGUUACAUGAGACAGGUACAUAGGAGAGGGUGCCUAGUGAAUGUUCACUCCAAAAACAUUGCUAAUAAAUGUAUUAAUGCAGGUUAGACAGUGUGCAGGAGUUUAUUUGGAACUUUUGAAACAGCAAAAGAAUGUAUUUUGAACAUUCACAUAUCAGACAAGUGAGCAGACUUGAUUUGAAGAUGAUGAAGAUCAUGUUAUAUGAUCAAAAGCUCCAGAAUACCACUACCAGAACGCCACUAAAUGGAACUUGAGGCGAGGGUGUUUUCUGAUGUUUCUGAGGUCAAGAAUGAACUUUGAAACUUAAUCAUUAACAGUGCUUUGUCUGUGUGUGUGUGUGUGUGUGUGUGUGUGUGUGUGUGUGUGUGUGCACGUGUUUGUGUGAGUGUGUGUGCGUGUGUGUGUGUGUGUGUGUGUGUGUGUGUGUGUGUGUGUUUUCAGAAAGAUUAAAUACACUGAAAUGGGUAAUAGCUUAAUUCUUUGUGGAUUAAUAAUGUAAUUUUCAUGUGAUGGUCAUGUCUUCCUGUCAUGUGUAUCAUCAUUCAGGUUUAAUUCACGAUUCAUUGUUUCUUUCUAAUUCAAGUUUCUUUUUUAUAUUCUUUGUAUCAGUAUUAAACAAAUAACAAGUACACAACCAAACAAAUCCCCAACCAACACACAAUCAACCCUCCCCGACAUCCUCUUUUGGCUCCAAAAAAGAGAAAAAUCUUUAAGACAAUUAGUCAAAUAGAUAUUAUACAGUACACCUUGUUCAAAGACAGUUACACCUACGGUAAAUCUCAUUUAAGUUUCUGUCAUUUUGUCAAAUAAAUCCCACCUUUUGAACCAUUUGUUGACACACUAGUAGCUUAAAGUUCCUCAACCCAGAUCCCUUGACGGGAAUGAAGUCAUUCAGAUUUCAACAAGCAAGACUGUUUAUUUGGGAUCCAACCAAGCUCCUUACAAGAGAUUUCAUGACACUUGAACUGACUAAAGAGAUCAGCCAGAGGGUAGGGAACCAAAGUGAUCACGUUAGGAAGAUCUUUAAUCCUACUGCGCAGGUGUAAAACACUGUUUGGAGCCCUGUUUCGCAACAGUCACGACAUGUUUAUGUUCUCCUUUAAAGGACUGUUUUUCAUUUGUUUACUACUGUACAUGCAGUGGUUUGUCUGUUUCAACUGGUGUCUUUUUUGUCAAGAAACUGUUGCUGUUGAAUCACCUGUCAGGACCAAUAAAAGAACACAUUUGUAAUUUCAA